GAUAAACUAAAUGUUAUUAGUUUAUCUACUAAUCACAAGACUAUCCAAACAGAAAGUCAAAUGAAACAGAUUAUUGAAAUGGGUCAAGUCAAAACUUAUUUACUGCAUAAUGAAACUAAUAGUUUCUAG